AUGGCCAGCGUUUCCUUCUCUCAGCUGGACGAAGCAACCGCCCACAGCUCCAGCCCUUCAUCACCUACGUCUUCCUCGGACAAGGAAAAUCAUCGACGACGCCCCAAUAAACGCAACACUGCCAAGAUGCCAUCUACCAGCGCAUCCAAACGUCGCCGUCUGACCGAUCGCACACCGAAUACCCAGUCGCAAAUGUCCUCCUCGCAGCGCCAUAGCAUGAAAUACUAUGAUCCUGACCAAGAUCCCACGGAGCGAAGACAGGUUCGCAAGGGUUUCAGAGAUUUGACACGCGAUUUCAACGAUUCGCGCGCCGAGUACAUGCAAAGCGGCAAUAAUGGCAUCCUACUCACAAUCGAGAAAGCCAACGAACUCUACACCGGCGUAAAGCAGACUUCUGACGCCACGCUCGACUCGCGCCUCCUCGUCAACACAGCCGAUCUCUCACACAGAAAGGCUGCGCAACUUACGCUCGGAGGAGACUCGACCGCCGGUAUUGAUGUUGACGAAUUUGUUUCCAAGUGUAUUGCCUACAUGCGACGGGGUCCGGAUACCUCCACUGCGACGCCUAACGGGGCCGCACGCCGACGCCGCCACGCUGCUACCCAACGAGACGCCGAUGAUAGCGAUGGACCAGAUGAAGGCGACGCGAUGAAUUGGGACUGGCUGGGCCGAACUGCCUGCCUUCCUUAUAAUAAGCGGCCCACCGUGUCAGGAUGGUUGCUGGGACCGCUGUCCGUGCAAAAGCGGACGCGCCAAAUGACGCAGCGCACCCAGGCCGAGCGAUUCGACCCUACGCAGGUCACCAAGCCCAAUGAACUGCAGCAAGAUGAUCUUGGACUGCAAGAGAACACGAACCUGACACAAAUCUGCACAAAUAUCAAGGACCUGUUGGAUGAAUUUCAAAAUGAGGCUCAAGCGGCGGCGAGUGAGAAGCUUGCGGCCAUGGAGGAUCCUGAUGAUGAGGAUACAAAACAAAAAAUAAUGGCUGAACAUGAUAUCGCAGACGACGGUGGAGUUCCUCUGUUUCGCUUUUGUAUUAACCCGCGUUCUUUUGGCCAAAGCGUCGAAAAUAUUUUCUAUGUCAGCUUUCUUGUCCGAGACGGCGCUAUCGGUGUUUCGAGAGAUAGCCGUUAUCUACCCACACUGCAUUCUUCUACACCGUACGAACCGCACGUUGCCCAGGCCCAGGGCAUCCAGAAACAUCAAGCAAUCUUCAGUCUGGAUUUUGAGACCUGGGAGCAAUUGAUAGAUGUAUUUAAAAUUACGGAAUCGAUCAUUCCCCACCGUAAUGAGCCUGAUGGAGAGGCCGCCACAACUUGGUACGGUGGCCGCUGA